UUCCGUGUAGAGCUAAGUCGGUUGUUCUCCUAUAGUAAACCCUUUGUGCAGGUGACAUCUUCCUCCAUUUUUGCACUCUAUAAUUUUCUUUGUAACCUGUGAUUGGCAAAUCAUUAAUCAUGUUGAGCAGCGUUGUUCGAAACGUGGGGAGGGUUGUUCGUGGCGGUGGAGGUGGAGGGGCGUCGAACGGAGCACCACUCGCAGCUGGCGUUCGAGGAUACCACGAGAGGGUGGUUGAUCAUUACAACAAUCCACGCAACGUGGGCUCUUUCGACAAAAACGAUCCUGACGUAGGCACAGGCUUAGUGGGUGCUCCUGCCUGUGGGGAUGUCAUGAAAUUGCAGAUUAAAGUGGAUGAGAAAACAGGGGAAGUUAAAGAUGCCUGCUUCAAAACCUUUGGCUGUGGCUCUGCUAUUGCUUCCUCCUCUCUGGCAAGUGAAUGGAUAAAAGGAAAGAAGAUGGAAGAAGCCGUGUCUAUCAAAAACAGUGAUAUAGCAAAGCAUCUGUCGCUUCCACCAGUUAAGUUGCAUUGUAGCAUGCUUGCAGAGGAUGCUAUUAAGGCUGCUGUUAAGGAUUAUGAGGCAAAAAGAGCCAAGAGGAAUGGGCAAUCUGAGGUCCAGCAGAAUGAGCAAAUUACUGCGACAGCUUGAUACAGUAAUUAAGGCCAAGAGUUUGGUGUUGUUAGGUGCUAUGCAAUAAGUACUGUAUAAAAUAAUUUGAUGGAAAGAAAAGUUGUCUUUGAAUUUUCCAAAUUAGCUGUACAUGGAAGUCCAUGUUGCAGAGGCUGUUAACAACUCUGCUUGGCAAGCAAUAACACUGCAGUCUAUCUAUUAUAAACUAUGUUUGCAGCAUCAUAGAAACUCAAAAGUAUUGAAAGUUUUUGUAUAGAGAAGUUGCCUCCUUAUAAAGUGUACUGAAUUGCUAUUA